ACCGAAAGUCUAUUGGACCCCUGUCAAAAUCAUUCAAAGGAGUGGGGCGUGUUUAGGCCGUGGAGUUCCCUUGCAACUGUGCUGUCACUCAAACCAUAGCUGACUUAUAAUUGGCUAGUUAUGGUGCAAUGCCAAGCCCCUUCUGGCUGGCAGUGGUGUAGAAAUGAUACCGUGGGAAAGCUUGGUCCUUCAAACGGAUGAGCUCGACGCAUAGCUGAUAGACGCACAGAGAGUCGGAGAAUUGAAAGACUUGGACCAUACUGUAUUGUACUCUGAACGAAGGAAACACAACAGCGGAUAAAAAUGAAAAGGAAUCACGAUUUUAGCUCCUCGGACAGCGAGCUGGACGAGAACAUUGAGGUUGAGAAGGAGAGUGCCGAUGAAAAUGGGAACAUGAGUUCUCCCCUUGGGCCGAUGUCUCCAGCAACAAAAACUCAAGUGAAUGCGAGGAAGCGCCGUCGAGGAAUCAUUGAAAAACGUCGCCGUGACAGAAUCAACAACAGCCUCACGGAGCUGCGCAGACUGGUCCCUAGCGCGUUCGAGAAGCAGGGUUCAGCUAAACUGGAGAAAGCAGAGAUUCUGCAGAUGACCGUGGAUCAUCUGAAGAUGCUUCAUGCUGCUGGAGGAAAAGGUUACUUUGAUGCCCAUGCCCUGGCCUCGGACUACCGGGGUCUGGGUUUCAGGGAAUGUCUGGCUGAGACGGCCCGCUACCUGAGCAUUAUGGAAGGCCUGGACAGCACUGACCCCCUGCGGAUCCGUCUGGUCUCCCACCUGAACAGCUACGCCUCCCAGAGAGAGGCCCACUCCGUCUCUGUGUCCGGGCUGGGCCACCUGGCAUGGGGCUCGGCUUUUGGGUCUCCCCCCUCCGCCCACCUGGCCCACCACCUCCUCCUCCAGCAGCAACACCAUCAACACCAGCAGGGGGCGACGUUAUCGUUACCACGCAGCGCCUCCAACAGCUCUCCGUCAUCCUCCUCUUCUACUCCUUCUUCAUCCUCUUCUUCCUCCUCCUCGCCGAUAGAGAGAGAGCCUCGCUCCUCGCCCCAUGGCCAUGCUCCCAGCAGGCUUAGCGGUGCCGCCCCCCUCUCUGAGCACAGUCACGCCCAGGGGGGUCCUCUCCGUCCCCCCCCCAGUGCUGCCCCCCUCCCCCCAGGGCUGAACCUCACCGUGACCUCCACAGCCGCUGCUGCAGCCGCUGCAGCCUCCAAGCUCUCCCCUCCCCUCUCCCUGUCCUCACUCUCCACCCUAUCGGCGUUCCCCUUCCCCUUCAGUGCCUUCCCCCUGCUGUCCCCCGGCACCCUCAGCCCCCCUGUCCACACCCCCUCCAGCCAAGCCAGCCUGGGGAAGCAGCCCUACCGGCCCUGGGGCAUGGAGAUAGGGGCUUUCUGAACUAUCUUUAACCCCCCUCUACACUGACUAAACUGACCAAGUAGAUGGCUAGAGAGUGCACCAUCACUAUGAACUGAACUGAACUCACCAGCUGAGCUGGACCUUUCCAUGGCCAAGAAGAUCAUACCAUAUCAACAUUCUAUAAAGGAGAUAGCUAUAGGAAUACUAUUUUUUAUUUUCUUAGAAAUUGCAUUUUUUCUAUGAUGUUGACGAAAGAGGGAAACAAUUAUAAGAGAGCAAACAAAGUGAUUGUUUAAUUAACAAUAUUGAGUUAUCUAUGUGUUGUCUGUUAGUGGGCUUUACUUCUCCUCCCAUAGUGUGUUCAGCCUUUAAGGGGAAGAUUUCACAGAUGGUCAGGCUGUCAAUCAGUCGCCCAUCAAGUUCUCAGCGAAACUGCCCCCUUUGUUUCCCCAUUGAGCCCUGGACUGUACUUUUAUCUCGCAGAGAGAGGGAGCGAGAGAGAGAGAGGGAGAGGUGUGGAGAGGGAGGUCUUGGUGGUGCCCUUUUUAUGGCAUUUUAUGGACUGGAAGAACUAAAACCAGGUGUUUGUUUGACUGUUAGAAUUUAUCCGGAAGCCUCUUGUUUUACAUUCGUUUGAUUUGCAUUCUCUGUGUGAGUUUCUAUCGCAGCAAAAUCUCUCUGAAGUAAUGUAUUUACAGUCAUGAGUCAAGGGUGAGGACAACAAAGAGUUCAUGUCCUUUGACGUGAUGUCUACAGAGGUCACAAGACCCAAUAUUUCUGAUUAUUAGCCGAUUGCAGUGAAAAAGUGGUAGCUGUACAAUUGUUUAACAUUAAACAACAUACUGUCUUAGCGAGCUGAGCGGGCAGCUAUUGAGACGUAUGGAACCAAUUGGAAUCGGUGUAAUAAAAUAAAUAAAUUUUCAACAUAGACGCCAAUAGGAACAAUCGCUCAGACACACUGCAGUAUCCCUGUACCUCUAUGUAGUCAUUGCUCAGAGAUAUCUAGACUACAUAUUCCCUAUACGGUCCAAUUCUAGAUUGUUUCCGACCAUAUCUCUGUGGAUUCCAUGGCGAGUCUGUGACAGUAAUAGCAUCCCCUUCUUGUAAGAUGUGUAUUUUUACCAAACCUCAUAAGUGAUUUUGUACAUAAGUGUUUUGUAUAAAAAAAGCGCUGACAAAUCUGAUUUCUCAGCUUUCUAAUAAUGAUAUACUGUGUGUAUGUAUGUACACUAGAGAUGGGAUAUAUGUAGAGAGAGAGUGCUGGGACGGCAUGUGAGGUACUCUAUUCCGUCCUUCACUUAUCUAUCUGUGUGACUUAUCUGCAAUAAAAAGCUAUGAGAAAAUGAAA